AACGGCCAAUGAACGAAACAUUGGUGAUCACCUGGGAAGCAAAAUUAACUGUAAAUGAAGCCCUAGCAAAACCCUAACCGAUAAAAUCCCCCAUUUGCACAACCGCCAUGAGCCAUGACGCCGUGACCGUGGACCAAUCUCCGCCGCCGCAGACGAAGUCCGACGCCCUCCAAACCCUGACCAAAGGCCCUCUCUCCUCCUCGAUUUCCAAGCUCUCCGGCUCCUCGCGAUUCUUGCCUAACAGCAAGGACUUCUAUUUCUACCGCAACUUCGACGAAUUCAGAGUCCCGAUCGAGCAAAUCACCAAGGAAUCGCAGACGAUGCUCGGCUCGAUUGGCUCGUCGGCGACUGUUUGGGGGAAACCGAUGGCUUUCCCCGACGACUUGGACGACGCGUACGAUUGGCUCGUUAAUGUGAACGACGAGGCUCUGGAGAGGUUUGACUCGUCGGUGGACGAGUUCAAGAUUGUGAGGAAGGAGGCGGAGGAGGCCAAGCGGCCGACGAGUGCGGCUAUGGACACAGACGAUGGGUUUCAAUUGGUGUGUGGGAAGAAGAAGAAGGGGUCUACUGGAUCGGCAGCCGCCAGUGGAAACGAUGAUUCAAGUCAGGUCUCCUCUGCGGUGAAGGUGGCUGCCAAGGACAAGAAAACUGCAGUCGCGACGAAGCCGAAAGUGCCAUUUCAUAUACCGAGCAUUCGGAGGCCUCAGGAGGAGUUUAACAUUUUGGUUAAUAAUGCAAACCAGCCGUUUGAGCAUGUUUGGUUGCAGAGAAGUGAGGACGGUCAACAGUUUCUUCAUCCCCUAGAGAAGCUUUCUGUUCUGGAUUUUGUUGACAACAACAUUGGGGAUGUUGAGUCUGUAAAACCGGCUUCAUUAGAGUCCACGCCAUUCAAGCUUGUGGAGGAGGUCAAAGAUCUGAAAGAGCUCGCAGCUAAGCUCCGUGCUGUUAAUGAAUUUGCGGUCGAUUUGGAACACAAUCAAUAUCGAUCUUUUCAAGGAUUGACUUGCUUGAUGCAAAUUUCAACUCGAACCGAAGAUUUUAUAGUAGAUACUCUGAAGCUUAGAAUUCAUGUUGGGCCAUAUCUUAGGGAAGUUUUCAAAGACCCUGCCAAGAGAAAGGUGAUGCAUGGAGCAGAUCGUGAUAUCAUGUGGCUUCAACGUGAUUUUGGCAUUUAUAUCUGCAAUUUGUUUGAUACUGGCCAGGCUUCGAGGGUGUUGAAAUUGGAGAGAAAUAGUUUGGAGUAUCUUCUACAGAACUUAUGUGGUGUUACUGCUAACAAAGAAUACCAGAAUGCAGACUGGAGAUUACGCCCUCUGCCUGAGGAGAUGGUCAGAUAUGCCAGAGAAGAUACACACUAUUUGUUGCAUAUGUAUGAUUUAAUGAGAACACAGUUAUGUCUGCUGCCCAAGGAAUCAGAAAACUCUGACACUCCUUUAGUGGAGGUUUACAAACGCAGUUAUGAUAUAUGUAUGCAUCUGUAUGAGAAAGAGCUUUUGACAGAAAAUUCUUAUCUCCACAUAUACGGGUUGCAUGGUGCGGGUUUCAAUUCUCAGCAGCUUGCCAUUGUUUCCGGUCUUUGUGAGUGGAGGGAUGUUGUUGCUCGUGCAGAGGAUGAAAGUACUGGCUAUAUAUUACCAAACAAAACUCUUCUUGAAAUUGCUAAACAGAUGCCUGUCACCACUAGCAAGUUAAAGCGAUUGGUGAAAUCAAAGCACCCGUACAUUGAGCGUAAUCUUGGUUCAGUUGUUAGUAUCAUUAGACAUUCUAUGCAAAAUGCUGCUUUUUUUGAGCCUGCUGUCGAACAUCUGAAGGUGGCACAUGCAGGAAUGGCAUCUGAAGAGAAUAUAUUGGUCAAUGAUGGAUCUGAAGCCUUGUUACCGGAUCAGUCUGUCAGCAAUUCGACUAAUGGUGAUGUAUCUGUAGUUUCACCCCCGUCUCAGCAGCAUGGAAUGGAGUAUAAGGGGAUUGCAUUUGGUGCCUCUGAACUUGUAAGAAAUGGACAAGGAAACUCUCCUGAAACUGGCAGUCCCAUUUCAGUGAAUCUUAGGCAGAACAGUGUUCUGGGGCAAAGCAGAGAAGGAAGCAGCAAUGCCUGUUUAUUAGAUUCAGCGAAGGUUACUGGAGUGAGUGUUCAGGUGCAAAAGAAGCCCAGCCGUGCCUUUAGUUCACUGUUGGGGAGUGCAGUUCCAAAAAGGAAGUUCGAUGUCGAUAUAAAGGGCAAGGAAGAUAAUAAGUUGGAACAAAUUAGAUCUUCAGUGAACUUCCCAUUCCACUCAUUUUCGGGCGGGAGUGAGAAAUCCAAACCAACCUUGGAAGCACGAGAUAAAAGUUCAGAAACUCCCCAUUCUGAAGGUCCGCUUACUGCAUCACCCUCUGGUUCUGGUUUAGGUGACAUCAUAACAUUGGAAAAUGAUUCAGAUGGAGGUGAACCGGUAGAUGGUUCCUCAGAAACCAGAAAUGAGCCGGAGGAGAAUGAUUCGGUACCAUCUGCUUGGGGGAGGGAUGGGGAAGACGAACCCGUGUCUCUCUCUGAUUUGUCGUCGAGCUUCCAAAAAUGUUUUCAGUCGCUUAACCAAAACAGGAAGACAAGAGAAGUGGAGAAGUCCCAGGAAUCUGGUGGUUUGCAGGUGAAGCCUUUCGACUAUGAGGCAGCAAAGAGUCAGGUUAUAUUCGGAGCUAAGCCGGUCAAAGAGGCUGGAGCUGCGGAUGGUGUGAAGAGCUUAAACUCAGCGGGAAAGAAAAAAUCUUUAGCUGCUCUAGUUUCAAACGACGAUGGGUCAAAAGAACUAGGACAGGGUAGGCGACGCCAAGCUUUUCCAGCAACCGGAAAUAGAAGUGCGACAUUUCGAUAAGUUUCCGGCAUAGAUUUGUUCUGUAUUAUUGUAGGAAUGACAGAAUUUUUCAUGUAGUCGAAAGAAAUGCAACAAAAUUGAAAGUUAAGAAAGAGAAGUAAUUGAAAGUUAUGCAAUUGAUCGUAAUUAAAAAAUGUGAACCCCGUCAAUUUUAAGUUAAUGCCUAUUUCUAAAUUU